UAACAUCCCUCCCCCGUAUCCAGCUCCCCCACUACACACAUGCAGAGAGGGGAGGAGGCGUCGCUGCUGUCCCUGCCCGGAGGCCUGGCUGGCUGGGCUGGGCAUAUAACCCGUUAUAAUGUGUGCCACAGCUGCGCCUGGCAGCUAAAUAAAUGCUGCUUAUUGUUGUCUGCUUGGAGCGCAGUGAGCUGGUCUCUGUAAGACGAGGCUGCGCAGCGGCCGUGCUGCAGUGUGUGCGGGGGCCCAUGUGAGACACCGAGGGCAGGAGCACAGGAAGGGGCCGAUAGAGGAGGCGCACAUCGGAGAGCACCAGACAUGGCACCUCCUGUCCCAGCAGCGCUACUGGUAGAGACCCACCGGAUACUCGGCUGCUGCUGGGCCAUGAUGGUGGGGGCUGCAGCCUGCACCUGCUGAUUUCUGGGAUUGAUUAAUUGGCAUCCGAAGAAAAGCCUGGCUUGCUGGAACUAUCAUGACUGAGCCUGGCCAUGUCCAUCCUGCAAUAUAAUAUGGAUGUGGGAGCGAUUGCUGGAAAAUGUGGUGCACCUUGUACAUGUUCCAGAUAUGCUUUGUGCUUUUGUCACUGUUAGCUGUCCUGCUGCUGGUUAGUAACAUUCACCUGGUAGAGGUAAGAGGGAUUAUGAAGCAUAUCAAUCACAGGAGGGGUCUGGAGCCAGAAUGGACCAACAUGUAUGGUGAUACAACUCGUCUUCUGUCGCCAGUGAGCCGAAAACACUUUUGUGAUUAUCAACACCAAACCCUGUCCCAGUCUGAGCAAGAAGAGCAAAAAUCCUUACUUAAAGCUCUGGAAUGGCCCGCUCCACCUCAUGGCAAAGUCAUUUUCCUCAGGAGCACGGAUGCUGCACAUAGCCACUUUGUGAUCUUACAGUCUCAGUCACGGUUUAAGGUGGGCGAUGCAAUGGAAGUGCUAGUCAGAAUGCGUGAUUUUGAAGGUAAUCCAAAGCAAUAUGGAGGAGACUACUUGCAAGCAAGGAUUCACACUCCUUUACUUAAAGCUGGCGCAGUAGGAAAGGUGUUGGACCAUAAGAAUGGAUUCUAUAGUGUGUUCUUCACUUUGCUUUGGCCAGGAAGCGUGACCGUCUCAUUGACUUUGGUACACCCAAGUGAAGCGAUCCAAGUCCUUCAACAUUUACGUGAACAGAAAUCAGACAGAGUCUACUUUAAGAGUUUGUUCCGAUCUGGUAACACGUCGGAAACCAAAAUGUGUAAUGUUUGUCUGCCUGCAAAAGCACCUGUAUGUAACUUCACAGACCUGAAGACUGGCGAACCUUGGUUUUGCUACAAGCCUGACAAGUUACAUUGCACAAAUCGAGUCAAUCAUGCUAAAGGAGGCUACUUGAAAAAUCUUUUGACCUUCCAUGAAAACAUGUUCUUUCAAAGUGGUGUGAACAUCAAAGUACCAAUCUUGGCAAGUGGCCCUGAUACAGUGACUGUGCACCCUUGGAAAGUUAAAGACAAGCCUUUGCUCCGUAGCUCCAAGUUUCUGCCGGCAGGCUAUUAUUACAGAGAUCAGUGGAUGUCUGGGAGAUCCAUUGUCUGGCAGUUUGACAAGCCCUCCGAUAUCACAGACUGUUUACAAGGGAAAGUGGUGCAUUUGUUUGGUGAUUCUACAAUAAGGCAAUGGUUCGAAUAUCUCACAGAAUUUGUGCCAGAGCUUAAGCCAUUUGACCUUGGGAGCCCUAAAAAUGUUGGACCAUUCUUAUCCGUUGAUGUGGAUCAUAAUAUAAUGCUAAAAUUCCGCUGCCAUGGGCCUCCCAUUCGCUUCUCAACAGUUUCCAGCAACGAGCUCCGCUAUAUAGCCAAUGAACUGGAUGGUAUAGUUGGAGGACAAAACACUGUAAUAGCCAUAACCAUCUGGUCUCACUUUAGCACCUUUCCAGUAGAGGUGUAUAUAAGACGCCUUAGGAAUAUACGAGCAGCUGUCCAACGCCUACUGGAGCGCAGUCCGAACACCGCCAUUAUCAUCCGCUCUGCCAAUGUCCAGGAGCUUGGGCCUGAAGUGAGUCUUUUCAAUAGUGACUGGUUCUCAUUACAACUUGACACUGUAAUGAGGUCUAUGUUUGCAGGACUUCACAUACAAAUUGUGGAUGCCUGGGAGAUGUCACUUGCUCAUUAUCUCCCCCAUGCUCUUCACCCUGAUCGUGUUAUUGUAAAGAACCAGAUAGAUGAGUUUCUGUCAUUUGUAUGCCCCAACUGAGUGUCUGUUUGAGUUUAUUGGUUACGUUUUAUUUUUUUGGAAGAGAUUUUCAUUUGGCUAUUGGUGUGGAAAGCCCACAAAACAUGUCUAGUGUAGCACUUUAUUAGUUGAAUACUUAUGACCAUAAAGGUGAGGGAAGAGGCAUUCAUACACAGACAAAGUGUAAGUAAAGGGCAGCUCAUGCAGACUAGCAAAUAAGCACAUAUUAGGAAGUUUAUCUUUUGCACAUGCUAAAAUGCUACAGGGCAAGCUAACACUGAUUAUGAUAACUUGUAGUAAUGAUGGAACGCAAGAAAAGUCCAUGAUUUCUCAGCAGUAAGCCCAUUUAUUAAAUUAGUAAAAAAAAAAAAAAACGGGUGUGGUAUGGGCUGACCGAUGGUCUCCUGACCGCCGGUCAGCAUACCAACGCCGGGAUCCCGGCGGGGACGGGCGAGUGCAGCAAGCCCCUUGCGGGCUCGGUGGUGACCCGUGAGCUCGGUGGCGACCCACGGUCGCCACGGGUUGUAUUCCCACUCUAUGGGUGUCGUGGACACCCACGGGUGGAAAUAGUCCCUGUUGGUCAGCAUGCCGACUGUCGGUAUAGUGAGGGGACGGGAUUUUGGGGGAGGUCAUGUGAAUACCACCCAUAGUAAACAUACCCCUUAAUAACUCAUGGUUUUCACAGUUUAUUUGGCUUGGAGUGCAUUGCAGAAGGGAACCGCUCGGUAUUGUACAGAGGCAGCUCACAAUCAUUGCCCUUAUACUUUCCCUGCUGAAUGCACUCAAAACCAGUCAUUGGUAUUUAAUAUAUCCCUGUAAAUUAUCCAUUUUUAAAGACAAAUUUAGUUUUACAUGGUAUUUAAAACAGAUCCACUUUAAAAUAUAUUUACAGUGGCUGGAAAUAUUAAAUUUGUUAUGUUAA